CCACUCCCAUCAAUGGCUGCUUGAUUUUGUUUAAACAAAUCUGAACAAAUGAACUGAAGCCAAAUAAAGAGGAAGUUUUCCUGAGAGUGAAAACAGAAAGAAGAAAAUAAAGGAAGAGGAGAAGAAAAGCCAGCGAGAGAUGUUGAUUUCAGCAAAAGAGUGGAAAACAGCUCUGACUGCCGUCCUCAAUGAGCUGAACACUUCACAGUAUGACAAAAUGUUGGUACUUCUGCAAAUCCCCAAACAGAGGAAGACUGCUAAGUUCAGAGAAGAGAUGCCCCAAAAAAUCAUUGAGCACCACGGACUGGAAGCCUCUAUCCGGAAAAUCAAAGAUGCAAUGGAUCAGAUACCAAGGAGGGACGAAGCAGUCCAACACCUGCUGCUUCCCUUUGUUAAACAACUGAAAGACGAGCAGAAAACUAAGGGGAGGAAGAGGAAACAUGGUGAAACCGGUUCACAGGCAGCAGACAAAAAGCCUCAAGUUGGUCACCAGACAAGCUCCCAGCCUUUCAAGGCUGCAUUUGGUGGAUCAGUGAAGCCCCAAAAGAUGACGAUCGAUCGGCCGCUGGAAUCACCUGCAGCUGCUGGAACGUCCAAGGUUCAGGGGGCACCUGUCACUCGGAGAAUUGAAAUCAAAUCGGUCAAAUCCUUCAAUAAAACCAACGUUUGUGUGGUCGCGGAGGUGAAACAGGAGCAGACGUUAUUUAUCAAAACUCCACAGCUGGCACAGGCCCUUGGCUAUAAAAUGGAGGCUGGCGUUGAACACAGAAUUUUUCAGGCACUGCCAAUCACAGCAGAAGCAAGAAUACAAAGUGAUAAGAUUUUAGUAUUGAAAAAAUAAUGUGUAAACUUUUCCUGUGUGAAACAUUAAAGCUCAGUGUGUUUGUUUAA